CGCGCAGGUUGAGAACCGCGUGUGGCUGAGCCGGGACCAGCCGGGCCGAGCCGAGCAGCAUGGCCCAGCCGCGCUGCCGCUCCGUGCUCAUUCACCGGCUGCAGCGCGCGCAUCGGGCUGGGGCUGGUGCGGGGGCUCGCGGCCGCCACCCCUCCCCAGACUUCGUCCUGGCGACCUGCCGGGACCCCGAGAAGGCGGUCGCGCAGGAACUCCAGCAGCUUAGUAAGCAGUACAGCAAUGUCAAGCUCCUCCAACUGGAUGUGGUCUGUGAAAACAGCAUCAAGAAAGUGGUCAAGGAAGUGGAAGAAAUCGUGGGGGAGAAAGGGCUGAACUGCCUCAUCAACAACGCCGGCAUCAACGUGCUCGCCUCCUUGGAAGAGGUCACGGCAGAGACGAUGCUCACCAUCUAUGAAACCAACACUGUUGCCCAGCUGAUGGUCACCAAGGCGUUCUUACCCCUCCUGAGGAAGGCAGCCCAGCUGAGCACAGGAAUGGGCUGCCACAGAGCUGCUAUUAUCAACAUGUCCUCUCUCGCUGCCUCCAUGCAACUCGUCCAGGCAAAUGAGAUGUUCCUCAAGGUCUACCCCUACAGGAUAGCCAAGACUGCACUGAACAUGAUCACCAGGUGUCUUGCUGCAGACUUGAAAUCGGAUGGGAUUCUCUGUAUUUCUUUGCAUCCAGGCUGGCUCCAGACAGACAUGGGGGGAAACAUGGCUCCCAUGCAGGUGCAAGAGGCUAUCCCAGGUAUUCUCUCUGUUCUGGACCGUCUUGGUGAAAAAGAGAAUGGUUCCUUCCUGGACUGGCAAGGGGAAACUCUACCAUGGUAGAAGUGCACAGGUUACUACAGAAACAGCAUGUCAGCCACGCUCUAACCUCUCAUGUCUGUGUCUCUGGGGUUUUCUCACACACUAGUUGAAGUAGCCAGUCUGAUAUCCAGCCUCUCUAGGUGUCUUUGAAAAAUGAAGUGGCUGACUCUCUCACUCGGUAUUGCUACUGCUCUAUUCUAAUGCUUCCUGCAAACACUACUGUGCUCUUGGUGGUGGUGGGUAUCUCCUGGAACCACCUGAAAUGGAUUAAAACUUGCGAGUUAAAUCCAGGGGCUGGUUCCUCUUCACUUCCAAAACCAAAGUGGGCCUCUUGCUCUCUGCAGAGUUAAAUGACCUGACCUCAGAGCAAGGCCAGUGUAGGCUGUCAGAUCCCAGGACGCUCAGUCUGCUGGAGACACGUCUCCAGAAAAGAAGUCCUUUGGUUUCCUUCGGUCUUAACUGAGCCAAGGCUGAAAGUGCCCAGCUCUAAACCACGUGAAUUUGGUACUUCUGUAAAUUCCUUGGCAAACUGUCCCCAGGUUGACAGCAUACACCAGGCAUUGCUUUGUUCCCAGAGGGUGACUAACAUCCUGAUACGGGGGUGGGAAUGUUGUUUUGUACAUAAACUUCUGAA